AUGCGGGGCGAGAGCGAUGGACGGAACUACGGCGACGCGUGGAUGCGACGGCGGGUGUUCACGACGGCGAAGGCGUUGACGACGUUCGAGCGGGCGUUGGUGAAGGUGUGCGCGACGAAGGCGACGACGGUUCGAGUCGAUCGAGACGACGACGACGACGACGACGACGACGACGACGCGGUGCGUUCGACGAUCGAUGUCGGUGAGUUUGAAGACGUCACGGAUUGGGCGCGUCGCGCCGUCGAGCGCGGUGCGGAGGAAUCGCGCGCGCGAUGUCGCGCCGCGCUCCCGGCGUUGGAGGCGAUGCCGACCGAGCGCUCGUUUUUUCUCGCCGCGUCCGACGCUUUAGAGGCGAGCGUCGACGACGAGGGCGAGGGACGAUCGCGUCGAGGUCGAGAUCGCAAGGUUUUCGCCGCCCUUCACUCGCCCACCCGCGGUGGCGUCUACGCCGUCGCCGCGAACACGAACGGCGGCAACGCCGUCCUCCACGCCGAGAUGAACCUCCUCUUCCCCGCCGACGACGCCCGCGCGCGUCGUUUGAUCGAGCCCGACACCACCUUACUCGUCACGCUUCAGUGCUGUCGAAUGUGCGCCGCUCGCGCCGUCGAGCUCGGCGUGCGAAGGGCCGCGUACCUCCGCGAGGACCCCGGCCCGCUCGCCUCGCGCACCGCGCUCGCCGCGCUCGCGCGCGAGUCCCGAUUCGACCUCUAG